AGGUGGAAAAUGGACUAAUGCCUCUCUUUAAGUUCCCUUUCCAGUUUCCUUCCAUUUCCAACCUCCCUAUACGCAACGCUUGAUAACUAACCGUCUUUGCAUCUAUGGCUUCCGAAACCUCCUCUUCUAUGUUCAGCCGUCCAUGGAAUAACGAUGUCUUCUUGAGUUUCAGAGGUGAAGACACUCGCAAGAGCUUCACCGAUCAUGUCUACACUGCUCUAGUCCGAUCAGGAAUCCGUACAUUUAGAGACGACGAUGAGCUUCGUAGAGGAGAAGAUAUCUCUUCAGCACUUAUCAAAGCAAUCCAACAAUCAAGAAUUUCUCUAAUCGUCUUCUCUAAACGCUACGCUUCCUCUCGAUGGUGUCUCGAUGAGGUUACAGAGAUCAUUAAUUGCAAAAAUACCAUCGGCCAGAUCGUAAUUCCCAUAUUCUAUGACGUUGACCCUUCCGAUGUUCGAAGACAGACGGGUCCUUUUCAGCAAGCUUUUGAUAGACAUGAAAAACGGUUUAGGGAAGAAAUGGAGAAAGUGAAGAAGUGGAGAGUAGCUCUUGAAGAUGCUGGAAAGCUAUCUGGAUUUGCUCUCCAGAAUAUGGAAAAUGGGCAUGAAUCCAAAUUUAUUGAAAAGAUUGUAGAAGAUGUUUUAAGUAAAUUGAAUUACAAUUACUUUGAUGUUGCCAAACAUCCGGUGGGCAUCGAUUCCAGGGUGACAGAUGUGAUUUCCUUGCUAAGUCUAGACAUAAAUGAUGUUAGCAUUGUGGGAAUCCAUGGGAUGGGGGGAAUUGGAAAAACGACCAUAGCAAAAGCUGUAUUCAAUCAUCUUUGUCAUGGAUUUGAAGGAAGCAGUUUUCUUUUGAAUGUUAGGGAAGUUUCGGAACAAACCAAUGGUCUGGUUAAAUUACAAAAACAACUUCUUUCUGAUACCUUGAAGUCAAACAAGUUCAAAAUCUAUAAUAUUGAUAGUGGCAUCAGCUUGAUCAAACAAAGACUUUGUGCUGAAAGAGUUCUUGUUGUUCUUGAUGAUUUGGAUCAAUUGGAACAACUAGAUGCAUUGGUAGGAGAGGGAAAUUGGUUUGGCCUAGGAAGUAGAAUAAUCAUUACAACUAGAGAUGAACAUUUGCUAGCUCAACUUGAAUUGGUUGAAAAAUAUAAGGUUAAUAUAUUGAAUCGUGAUGAAUCCCUUCAACUUUUCAGCAAGCAUGCCUUCAAGAAAACCCAUCCAUUAGAAGAAUAUGUGGAUCUUUCAAAUUCUGUGGUGGAUUAUGUUGGAGGACUUCCAUUAGGUCUUGAAGUUUUAGGUUCUUAUUUGUGUAACAGAACCAUACCUGAAUGGGAAAGUGCUGUGCAGAAAUUAAGAAAAAUCCCUCACUGGCAAAUCCAGAAAAAGCUUAGAAUAAGUUUUGAUACAUUAGAUGAUGAUAAAGUAAAGGAUAUAUUCCUUGAUAUUGCAUGCUUCUUCACUUGCAAGGAUAAAGAUAGUGUACUAAAAAUACUAGAAGAUUGUGGUUUCUUCCCAGAAAUAGGUAUUAGCGUUCUCAUCCAGAGGUCUCUUUUAACAAUUGAUUAUGAGAAUAGGUUAAUAAUGCAUGAUCUACUACGAGAUAUGGGAAGGGAGAUUAUCCGAGAAAUGUCACCUAACCAUCCUGGAAAGCGUAGCAGACUUUGGUUUCAUGAGGACGUUCUGAAAGUACUCAAACGGCAGGAGGGAACAGAUGUGAUUGAGGGUAUCGCACUUGAUACACGAGCAACAAAAGAAGUUACUCUGAGCAUAGAAUCUUUUGCAGAGACGAGAAAUUUGAGAUUGCUCCAAAUCAAUGCAGUAAAUCUUACUGGAGAACAAGAACAUCGUUUUGAAGACUUAAGAUGGCUUUGCUGGCAUGAAUGCCCUUUUGAAUCACUACCACCAAAUUUGCAACUAGACAACCUAGUUGUUCUUGAAAUGCAAUGCAGCAACAUCACAGAAAUCUGGAAGGAUGUCAAAGUUCUGAAGAAGCUGAAGAUACUUGAUCUCUCUCAUUCUCGACACCUUGCUAAAACACCAAAUUUCUCUGGACUCAUUAGUUUGGAGAAACUAAUACUUCAAGGUUGCACAAGUUUAGGUGAGGUCCACUUAUCUAUUGGACAACUAGAGAAACUUGUUUUCCUGAAUUUAAAGGGCUGCAAGAGCCUAAAGGACCUUCCUGAAAGUAUCUGUAACUUGAAAUCUCUUGAAAUUCUAAAUAUUGCCUUAUGCACUAAACUUGCUAGAUUGCCAGAGCACUUGGGUAACAUGGAAUCCUUAACUGAGCUUGAAGCAGAUAAAACUGAUAUUAAACAGCUGCCCUCUUCCAUUAGGUAUUUGAAGAACCUUAGAAAUUUAUUUUGGAGUGUAAUGGAAGAUGGUGUGGAACCAUCCAUUCGUUCUCCAAAAGAUUCAACAUGGCUUUUGUCAACAAGUUUAAACUCCAAAGCUCUGCAGCCUACCUCCUUUCUCAGCUCAAGCUCACUGACAACACUUGAUCUUUUUGGCUGUGGUUUAUCUGAUGAUGCAAUUUCUAUUGAUUUUGGGAGUUUGUCAUCACUUUCAAAGUUGUCACUGGGAAAAAUUGACUUUUGUCAUAUGCCUAGUGGCAUUAGCCGCCUUACCAAGCUUCGGUUCUUGGGCCUGACUUCCUGCAGAAAUAUUAAAUCAACUGGAAAGUUGCCAUCUAGUUUAGUGUUCUUGUUUAUAGCAGAUUGUGAAUCCUUGGAGAGAAUAUCACUUUCAUUAGAAAAACUAUGGGGAAUGCAUCUGUUUGGUUGCCACAAACUAGUUGAAAUUCAGGGAUUGAAGAGUGCCCGAAAGGUAGCAAAAUUUAUAUUCAAAGGGUCCAAUUGGACAGAUAAUUUUAAGAAGUCUUUGGCAGAUGCAGGUCUAUGUCAAAUAGCUAAUGGUUUUUUCGUGGAUUUGUAUAGGGCGAUUAAGCAUUUGAAAAAGAGGUUGAUGUAAAUGAAGACUGGAAGGUCAGAGGGAAGUAAAGAUAAAGUUGAGCCAAGCAAUGCCGAACAGCUAUUUAAAUUGUAAUGGUUGACAGCCACAAAAUAGAACCCCUAAAUUUAAAUAGCAGAGCUCCACAAACAAGAAGUGAAGAGGGUUACAAGAUUUGAAGAACCAAAACCGAGUUGAUUUGCAGAGAGAGAGAGCUCAAGUUGUAGAUUUGACAGAACUAGAGUUGCAGGCUAUAGAGUCACAUUAGAGUUAUAUAUAUAGAAUAAUAUUAGAGUCACAUUUAAAUAUUAUCUCUAGAUUAAAGUUUUCGUUUAAAAUUAUUUUACUAUUUUUUUAUUUUAUUUAAUUUAUACAUUGAUAUUAUUUUCUAAAGUAAAAUACUUUUAUUAGAGUUAUUAGGCAUUAAUAAAUUCCUUUAUGCUACAAUUUUCCCGAUAAGUACAAAUAUUUUCAAUUGAUUUAUUAUAACCAAUUGUAACACGAUGAAAAAAAUUUAAGUUUCUGAGAACAAAGCAAUGAAAAAUUGAAAAAGCAUUUCAACAAACACCAACAGAAUUACACAGCAUUACAAUAAAUACGCCCAAAAAAGCAAUUCAUGGAACAAGGGAGAAUGCUAAUCUGACGAGUAAACCGCUAAUUAACAUCACAUCAUAUAACGAUCUCACCAAA